AUGGCAGUGCAUGGAUCCGAUUAUCCUCCAACAUACUUUGGAACUUCCAAUAGCCGGGGUCUGAUCUAUGGUCACAUCUCAUUAAUGGUGAUAGGCUGGGUGUUCGUUUUGCCCGUUGCCGUCAUGCUCUCCAUCGCGCAUUCUCAGGUAGCUCUGGCGGUACAGUUUGCCUUUCUUGCCGUUAAUGCCUUUGGCGUCUCGUUGGGCGUCAUGUACAACUCCCAGACUCAAGAUUUGUACCCAAACAAUGCCCAUCACAAAAUUGGCUGGAUUAUUACGGCCGUCAUGUUUGCGCAGGUCUUGAUACACUUGGUCGGGCGACAAGUAGGUGCUAUGGCGGGACGAAGAUGCCGUAGUUCAGGUGGACGCAGUUCUGUUUCUCACACGAAUUACUGGCAACGGGUACUUAUGCAGUACCAGGAUGGAGAAAAUCGCUUGUCAAACGAUAGUGGCCAAGGGACGGAACCUGGAACAGAGUCGCUCCGAAGCAAUUCUGUUUCGACGUUGGACGGGGAAGACAUGUCCUUAAACGACCAACGAAAGGAUUUCGAGGGCAGUGAGGCUGAAGAGGAUUCCCUUGAAUCCGCCGAGAUGCCAUUCUUGUCGCAGAACUCAAUACCAGGAAAAACAAUACGUGCCAUCUCAUCACGUAUAUGGGUAUAUCUUGAUUUCGUGUACAGAGUUACAGAUCGGAUAAUUCUGCCAUUUGGGUUUAUCGCGCUGACUACGGGCAUCAUAACCUUUGGGCGCUUUUUCGAAGGAAAUGCGGUAUUCAGUGGAUUGGCACACUGGAUCAAGGGAGGAGUGUUCUUUUGGCUUGGUCUAUUUUCUUUGGGCCGCUGGUCGGGAAGUUUCGCGGACGUGGGUUGGGCGUGGAAUCUCAGACCCAUCAAUUUUCACGAGAAACGCUGGUGUCCAUCGGCAGAGUUCGUUGAGAGUGCCCUGAUUUUCUUUUACGGAUCUACAAACAUCUUUUUAGAGCACUUGGGAAAUUGGGGUGGCGAAUGGAGCUCCCAAGAUCUGGAGCAUUUGGCUAUUACUGUGCUCUUCUUAGGAGGAGGAAUGUGCGGUAUGCUUAUCGAGUCGUCUACUAUCAGGAGUCUCCUGAAUACAACCGCAGCAGAUACAGCCCCGGAAAAUGUACCAGACGAAGAAGCCAUGAAGAAAUGGAAAUCCCCUGAUACAUACCAAUUUUCCCUCAACCCCAUACCGGCACUCGUCAUUCUGCUACUUGGUAUCAUGAUGAGCUCUCAUCACCAAGAAACCGAGAUAUCGACAAUGGUACAUAAACAAUGGGGCGAUUUGUUAUUGGGGGCUUCGUUCGCCAGGGUAUUGACCUACUUUCUUUUGUUCCUCCGACCGCCCAAGUCUGUCCUGCCGUCUCGCCCACCUACGGAGCUAUUGACGUCCUUUGGCCUCAUCGCGGGCGGAAUUAUUUUCAUGGCUAGUCUGACCAACCGGGUUCAGAGCUCGGACACUAUCGAUGGCAUGAUUCACUAUCAUUUGGAUGCCAUGUUCAUGUAUACAAUCACAAUGGGACUGGUAGGAUUGUUAAUGGCCUGGGAGAUUUUCGUACUAGCCAUUAAAGGUUGGGCAACACAUAGGGAGCAGCGCGCAGGUGUGCAAGGUACGCAGAAAACAGCACUUUGUGGGUAA